UGGCUCCUCCCCUGCUUCGGCCUUAAAACCCCUUGUCUGUGGCCAGGAGCGCAGUCCUCAGGUGCCCCGGGCAAGGCUGCACUGCUCCUCCUGAUCCUGCGCCGGCCAGAGGGAUGAGGCUCUCCCCAGCCUGAAGGUGGGUCCGAGGGUAGGUUCUGCGUAGCUGGUCAGACAGGCGGUGGUAGGAACGCGUCUGCAGAGUGGCAGGAGGAGCAGCAGCCACUAGGCACCUCAAGGGGACACCAGCCAUUCAACUGAGCAGGGCUGUGAGAUUCUGUUUGUUGGGGACCAGGGACACACUGCGAGGGGCACAGAGCGAGGAGGUGCCUUGCCAGAGGCUCACAAAUGUGAGGACUGUCUUGGCCUGAGGACACUGACUGCCCACUCCUGGCAGGCACCGAGACCCUGCUUGGCAGCGUCGGACGCCCCACUCCUCAGUUAACCAGGCCACCGAGAGCGGAGAAGACCUAACUGAGGGGACAGAUGGCUUCAGCUGGCCUAGAACUCCUAGGCAUGACCCUGGCUGUGCUGGGCUGGCUGGGGACCCUGGUGUCCUGCGCCCUGCCCCUGUGGAAGGUGACCGCCUUCAUCGGCAACAGCAUUGUGGUGGCCCAGGUGAUGUGGGAGGGGCUGUGGAUGUCCUGCGUGGUGCAGAGCACAGGCCAGCUGCAGUGCAAGGUGUACGACUCGAUGCUGGCGCUGCCCCAGGACCUGCAGGCUGCCCGAGCCCUCUGUGUCGUCGCCCUCCUGCUCUCCCUGCUCGGUCUGCUGGUGGCCAUCACGGGGGCCCAGUGCACCACCUGUGUGGAGGACGAAGUCGCAAAAGCCCGAAUUGUGCUCACCGCGGGGGUCAUCCUCGUCCUCUCGGGCAUCCUGGUUCUCAUCCCCAUCUGCUGGACGGCCCACGCCAUCAUCCAGGACUUCUACAACCCCCUGGUGGCUGAGGCCCUCAAGCGGGAGCUGGGGGCCUCCCUUUACCUGGGCUGGGCGGCAGCUGCCCUGCUCAUGCUGGGCGGGGGCCUCCUCUGCUGCACGUGCCCCCCGCCCCAGAUCGACCGGCCCAGAGGACCCAGGCUGGGCUACUCCAUCCCCUCCCGCUCUGGCACCUCUGGAAUGGACAAGAGGGACUAUGUGUGAAGUGUCUCCAGAAGCCCACUGCUCAGAGCCUUGCCUUUGCGCUGGAUGCCCUCUCCCACCCCUGCCUUCUACCCUCGACCCCUUCCCCACAUGAAACCUACUUUCUAGGCGCUCCAGCCAGGUCUGGCUGCCGGGCUAGUCUCAGAUGGCUUGGCUGAGCCCAGAUCCUCCUCCAUGGGUUCCCCACCUCCUGGCCACCCAACUCCCCCAACCAGUUGCUGUCUUCUGCUUCCUGGACCUACGCUGGCUCUCCUCCCCUUCCUGAGGCCUCCUCUGCCCCUGGAACCGGGGCCUCCCCCAAAGGGCCGUACUCCUUGGCUCAAACAAGGAGAGGAUUAUGCUCUGCCGGCCCUGGAGCCGGUCCCCUCCAGUCUGGCCACCACCUUCAUUCAGAGACCCAGGCCAGGCCCUCUGGGAGAAGCCGAUCUCCUCCAGGCCAGAAGGGCCCAGCCCACUCCCUGCCCCCACCCGUUCCCAGAAUAAAGAGUAUUUGUACCUCUGC